AUGUCCGAGACAGUUUCUCUUCAUAAGUUGGUGAAGAAGGCAGUUCAUCUGAAGUUGCUGUUCAAGACUUUUCUUGGACUUUUUUCCCAAUUGAACACAAAACAGGUCGUUCAAGAUGGAGAGUACCAGACUGAGAUACUAGAAAUCGUACAGAAUCCCCGAAAUUUGAAUGAUAAAAAGAUAACUGAGUAUAAAGUAGUAUUGGCCAUACAAUUGUCUUUAUCUUCCUCUGAAGAGUUGAAACGUUUUUGGGGCAAUUUAUCUAAAAUCUCACUCGUUGGCCAAGUGGACUAUUUGAUCCGAUUGAACAAGAUCUUGAAGUAUGAGUACUCCAAGUACGACAAGGAUAUCGUGCGAUUGCUUAUAAAGGUCCAGUACUGUGACUACAUUGUGGAAGUUCUUGAUCUGUUUGGUGACAAGAAGUUGCUGACAGAACAGAAGUCGUUGGCUAACCAUAUAGUCUUCUUUGCUUCUUCUGUUAUAGAGCAUGUUGUGGUGAAGGAUGAAGCUUUGGUAAACGACCUUGUUUUUCAGUUAGCCACACGUCUUGAAGGUCUUCGUUUGAGCAAUUUGCUAGAUUUUUUGCUUUUGAAAUCUAAGAAUAUAUUGAGUGAAGAUCAAAUCAGACUUACUGACAGUUCUGGCUCUGGUGAAGACAAGUCACUGGACUUGCCCACUAUCACCACCUCUUUGUACAAGAACUUGUCAGUGGGCAGCUUGAGUUCAGCCAAACAGGAGACAUACAACGAGACUAUCAAAUUUCUCUGGCUAAACAAGAUUAUGAAGCUGUGGAAAUUUGCAGAUAACGAAAGCAUCUUCAAUAAUUUCGUACACAACUUCAUUCCCAGCAGCGACAAGAACAAAAAUCCGUAUUUGACAUCGUUUGAGUUGAUCAAAGCGACGUUUAAGGGAUUUGGCUAUGCUGUGAUAAACAACGACGAUUGCUAUGUUCUUUUCAACUGGAAAAAUUUCAUCAUAACGAGAAUUCCAGUCAUUUUGUCUACAUUGAAAUUUGCAAAUGUAAACGACGAAGAGACGUUAGAAAGAGCUGUACUCAAUGCGUUUAACUCUCUUCCCGAUUCUAUUGUAAAAGUUCUAACGAAUUUGGCUCUGGGAAGUACUAAAGUGUAUGACUUGAGACAGAUUUUUAUCAAGAGUUUGAUAUUUAACAGAUUGUUACCACCUGUGGCUUUUCAGAAAUUCUUCCCCAUGGAGUCGAAAAUAACUCAACAGGUGAUUUUGUCUGAGCUUGCACAGUAUAAUCACGAUUUGAACUUGCGUCGCAAGUUUAACGACAAGUUGAUUAACGUAAACAGCGAGUUCACUUCUUUAGAAGAAUCUGGAUUAUUGGAGCUUUGCAAUUCUCUCCCUGCUUCUUUAGAAUAUCUGUACAGUAGACAAAUCGAGUUGAGCAACGCUAUCAACGAUAUCAUCGACGAAAUGAAGAUCUCCCGUGAGCACGAGAAGUUGAACCGCCUUCUUUUGUCUGUGAUGUCGAAUGUUCAAUUGACAAACAUUCUUGUCUUCAACAGCAACCCGUAUGUCGUGUUGGGCAAAAUGAUCGACUAUAUUGAUUCUGAGAACUUUCGAAUCGAUGACGACGACGAAAACUUCCAGGAUGUGUAUUCGUACUGUGGAGUGUUAAUCUUGUCGAUCAUUUCCAUUAUAGAGAAAUUUAAGAUUGACUUGUCUACGUUUAACAUCAAGAACUCGUUUGCAUUGGACUAUAUAAAUAACUUCUACUAUCGUCUAUGCGAUGACCUCACAAAUCAAAUCCCGGUCAAUAGUGACGAAGAAGAUAACACUAUAGCAACAAACUACAACAAUUUGUUGAUAGACUGGAUCAAUGCCUUAUUCGAUGAUAGUAAUGAUGGCUUAUCAGACGAUUUGAUCAAGUCAAUAAGCAUCAAACAAAUUUACAAACUUAUCCCUCUUGUUUACCAACAAGCCAUUACCGCAACAAGUAUUGGAAAGAUUGACUUUUCUAUUCUCACCAACGGAAUUGAUUAUUUGUCACAGGUAUUUUUGAUUCCUACAACGGUGAGUAUAAUCAACUGGUUACUCCUGGAAAUUUCCAACAAGAAGACUGAUGCUGAAAGCUUGCCGGUAAAAGUGUUGUCCGAAAUCGUGAAAUCCAAUAUUAGUAGUGAAUCAGGUUCACAAGAGUUGUCUUCUUUGGUAUUCAAAAUCGUCGUCAACAUAUGUGGAAGUAAUAUUUUGAUCGCUUUGAAGAAAAUUAAAGACUGGGAAAAUUCGCAAAGAAUCCGAGAUGUGGUCUCUAUAGUAACAGCAAAUUUGGACUCCAACUAUGUUGAAAAAGAUCUUAGCUUGCCUGAAUCCAAGCUGGACAUUAACAUUAAUGAACAGAUAAAAUCGCACCUUGUCAACUUCCAGCAACAGGCAGACUCUCCAACACCAAUUCAUGCCUUUAUACAUAGAUUCAUCAGCGACUCCAAAGAUCAAGUGUUGCGAGUGUUGCUUCAGGAAGUCACCUCGUACCAGAAGCAGAACAACGAGGCCACAAAGAUUUUCAUCAAUCUUGCUUCCUACUUAGUCGUUUCAAGCUCCAUAGACUCUGUAGAAGACAAGAAGUACUGGCACGGCUAUUUGUCUAAUGUUUCGAGUUCUGCAACAGAACACAAGAUUUUGAAGAAUUCUGAUAAGGAGUUCAACUCUUCUAUGGACUACCACUAUUCGAGCAUCUUUAAUGACGCUAGCUCUGGUGCGUCUAAUGACGAUGACUUGUUCAACGACAAAAGCUCGAAGCAAUUGUCUUCAGGAAAAUUGCUUGAACAACUCCGAACAAAGGUCAAUAGAUAUAACAAUUUGUUGGCCAAGUUCAAUGUGAUUUUUGCUGAGAAUCAAGAUCCUUCCAGCCCCUGGCACAAGACAGUGAAUACAUUGGCAGAUAAGCUUCUUGACGAUAUCAACGACUUGUACAUAUAG